CGCAGGCCACUCGGUUUGUUCGCAUCAAGAGGGGCAGUACAUGCAUCCAAAGGCCUUCAGUGUUUCUUCUGUCUUUAGCUUCAACGCCUCCUUUCACCUGCGGCUUGUCCGCUCGAUAAAAUGGCGGAGUCCAACGCUUUCAAGCCCGGCGAUAUUUCCCGUCGGUUGUCGGUCUCCGAGAAUCCCAGAGAUGCAGACAAGCUGAAGCAGAUGGACCUUGAAGGUCAGAAGCAGCAGGUUGGAUCGGGCUCCGACUCCGAAGGAGAAAUUGGUCGGCAGAUUGAAAUGGAGUCCGAGAAUUCGAUCAAGUACAGAACCUGUAGCUGGCAGAAGACUGCCGCCCUGCUGUUUUCCGAGUACAUCUGUCUAGCUAUCAUGUCAUUCCCAUGGUCCUACUCCGUUCUUGGCUUGGUCCCGGGUUUGAUCCUUACAGUGCUUAUGGCCUUGAUUGUGCUAUAUACUUCGCUGGUCAUUUGGAAGUUCUGCUUGCGACACCCCCAUGUUCGCGAUGUGUGCGACAUUGGUCAAAUGAUCUUUUGGGACUCCAAAAUCGUGUGGUACCUGACUGCAGUCAUGUUCUUGCUGAACAACACCUUCAUUCAGGGCUUGCACUGCUUAGUCGGCGCCGAGUAUCUCAACACCAUCAGUGGUCACGGCACCUGCACCAUUGUGUUCUCUCUUAUCACUGCGGUUAUCUCGCUGAUCUGCUCGCUCCCUCGGACCUUCAGUGCUCUGUCCAAGGUUGCAACCCUGUCAGCAUUUACCACAUUUGUGUCUGUGAUGCUAGCUGUUAUCUUCUCCGCCAUUGAGGACCAUCCGGCGGGCUACACCCCAGAAAUGGGAGAUCCCAUCGUGAAAGCGAUCCCGGUCUCGGGAACGACCUUUGUCUCAGGGAUGAGUGCAUUCCUGAAUAUCAGCUACACCUUCAUUGGGCAGAUCACACUUCCGAGCUUCAUUGCGGAGAUGAAAGAGCCCAAGGACUUCUGGAAAUCGGUCACCGCCGUCACCAUCGCCGAAAUCAUUGUGUUCAGCUUGGUCGGUGCCAUCGUCUAUGCCUAUACCGGUAAUCAGUAUAUCACGUCACCAGCAUUCGGCUCUCUGGGCAACGAGGUAUACAAAAAGGUGUCCUUUUCGUUCAUGAUCCCGACGUUGAUUUUCCUGGGCGUGCUGUACGCCUCCGUGUCGGCGCGCUUCAUCUUCUUCCGUUUGUUCGACGGCACCCGCCACAAGGGCAACCACACUGUGCUCGGCUGGGCCGCCUGGACCGGUAUUCUCACCGUCCUGUGGAUCCUGGCCUUUAUAAUCGCGGAGGUGAUUCCCUUCUUUUCCGACCUGGAAUCGAUCAUGAGUUCCCUCUUUGAUUCCUUCUUCGGCUUCAUCUUCUGGGGCACCGCCUACCUGCGCAUGCGGCGGGAAGACUAUGGACCCAAUUUCUACCGUAACCGUGGCAUCCGCGGCUGGGUCGGCGCGAUCGUUAACGUCAUUCUCAUCAUCGCGGGAUUCUUUUUCCUUGGACCCGGAACCUACGCAUCCAUCGAAAGUGUAAUCAUCAGCUACAGACAAGGCACCGUCGGAAGCCCCUUCUCCUGCGCCAACACCGGGCUUUAAGCACGUCCAUCCACCUUUGAAAUGAAAGGGACAGAACACUCAAGACAAGCGCUGAACUUCCGAGACCAGCACCCUCCACCAACCACAAAACCCUUAAUGAUGACUUUUAACGAUUUCUUUUUCCGUCAUGUGUGUUCCAUCGGAACUUCACAGCAAUUCUUUACCUUAGUUGUUAUUAUCGUUUGGCAUACCCAUCGUUACGCUAUCAUGGAUGCAAAUAACAAAAUUGAAUGGCCAUCGGAUAAAAUGAGACUUGCUCGCGCGCCCGCCAUUGAGAUGACGGGGGUGGCAUGCAAGCUUGUUUUGUUUAUGGACAUGAUGGGAUGGGAAUAGUAGGCUUUUUAAUUCUUGCUUUGUAGAUUGUAGGCUGAGGUAGAUUCUCUGGAAGUACUUGGUAGCA